AUGGACACAUCUUUCGAUAACCAGCAAGCCACUCAAGAAUUGACUCCUUCUGCCAAGCUUGCUUUGAUGCACGCUCAAGCUGCCCAGGAUCAGGACUCUAAAAUAGAAUCGGUUACUACUCUUUCUUCAGGUGCUCUUUCUGGAGAUCUCUCCGUAGGCGAGGCUUCCGAGGCUCAGGAAGCCGAGGAGGAGAAGGAGGAAGAGGUCGCUGAACCUGUACGUGAACCCGCCCCCAAGAAGAAGGCUGGCCUUGAUCUGAACUCGGAAUCCGCUUUCCCAUCCUUGUCAUCUUCUUCGCGUCCUGCUGCUGUUUCUGGAUGGGGUGCUGGUAGUGCUGCUCGUUUGAAGCAAGCCUCCCCUACUCCAUCCGGCGCCCCUCAUACCCCUGCUACCAAGAAGGUCCGCAACGUUGUUACUGACACUUUGGAACUUGCUCGCGAAGACCAAAUCGCUAACCAACCUAACAAGCCUUUGGGCUUCAAGAGCGCUGCUGAAUCCAUCAAGCAGGUCAUGUCAAAGACUAGUACUACCAUCAAUGCCUCUACAUCCCGUGCUGGUAUCAUCACCUACCUGAUUCAGGGUAAGGAAGCCGAUGUUGCAAAGGCUAAGCGUGAAAUCCUAGCCAAUUUGGCCGUCAAGUUGAAUGUCCAGUUGGAAGUCCCUUCUUCUACUCAACGUUUCAUCAUUGGUGCUAAGGGUGCUACUCUCAAGCAAAUCCAGAACAUUUCAGGUACCCGUAUCAAUGUCCCCAAGCGGGAAAAGGCCGAUUUAGAGCCUAUUGAGAAUGAUGACGAGGAUGCUGAGGAUGUUCCCGUCUCCAUCUCCAUUGUUGGUGAUGCCGAGGGUGUCAAGAUUGCCAAGGCCGAAAUUAUGAAGAUUGUUGGAGAAAAGACUGCUACCCAGACUGUCAAACUUAACAACAUCGACUCUCACUACUAUCCUUUGAUUGCUGGCGCUGACAACAAGAAAGUUAAGGCUCUUGCUGAUGAACUCGAUGUCAAGAUUCGCAUCCCUACUUUCAGUGUUGUUGCUUUGGUUGAAGCUGAUAAUGAUAACGAAGAGCAGGCUGCAAACAAGGCCGAGACUUCUAUUGUCAUUUCUGGUGACAGAGAAAAGGUUCAACAGGCUAAGCAGUCUAUCGAGAAGACCUAUGCCGAGCUCGAAAGAGUUUGCGGUACUGUUAAGUUCGAGAUCAACAAACGCCAACACAGAUUCAUCAUCGGCAAGAACGCCGUCAACUUGAUGGACAUUUUGGAACAGACUGGUUGUACCGUUGAACUUCCCUCGUCUACUGAUGCUUCUGAGGAAGUUGUCAUUCGUGGUCCCAAGAAUAAGCUUCCCAGCGCUAUGGCUCUUGCAUUUGAGAAGGCCAACUCUGUUCAAGUUCAAGUUCUUGACCUUACUCGUGUCAACAAGUCUGCUGCCGACCAACAAAAGCAUGGACAAAACCUUUUGCGCUACUUGACCUACGGAAGUAAGCUCAAGCAGCUUGAGGCCGAACACGGUGUUCAAAUUAUGGUUCCUCGCGGUUCCAUUGCUGAGCAAAAGCCUGUGCUUGAAUUUGUUGGCAAAGAGGAAUCUGCUGUUGAGAACUCUGUCCAAGCUGUUGAUGAACUUGCUCGCUCAUUGCAAGUCAACUACUUUGGCUAUGCCGACAUUGAACCCCAUUUCCAUCGUCACAUUAUUGGACGCAAGGGACAAAACAUUCAGCGUUUGAGCGAAGCCCAUGCCGUUAGCAUUAUCACUCCUGAUGAGAAGGAGGAGAGCAGUGAAAUUCUUCUUGUUUUCGAGGGCAAGGCCAGUGAACUUGAAGGAUUGGAUCAAAAGGCAAAGGACGCAAAGAUUAAGGAAGCUUUGGAUGCUGCCUCUGCUGAAUUGAGCAAGAUGGCUGCCGACAUUUCUGACUUCACCUCCAAGACUAUCAAGGUUCCUGCCAAGUUCCACGGAGCCAUCAUUGGACCCAAGCGUACUACUUUGAAUGCUAUCAUUGGAUCUGGCGCUGAUAACCAAGUUUUCGUCAAGUUUGGAUCUGCUGCUCCUUCUGGUGACAAGCCACGUAACGCUGAUCUUGCCGAGGAUGCCAUUGUCAUUCGUGGUCCUACUGAGGAGGUCAACCGCGUUGUUCAAGAAAUCAACCGUGUUCACGAAGAAGCCAAGCAUGAAGAUUUCCUCAACUCUUACGUGACUGAGUGUGUCAUCCCUGCCGAAUACUCUGCCCAUGUUAUUGGCAAGGCUGGUGCUAACAUCAACAAGUUGAAGGAUGAUCUCGGUGUCAAAAUUGAUAUUGAAGAUGGCAAAGCUAAGUCUGAGGGCACUCCUGCCAAGGCAACCCCCAAGACUGAUAAGGUCAAGGUUACCAUCAAGGGUAUUAAGACCAAUGUCGAAGCUGCCAAGGACCGUAUCAUGGCUUUGAUUGAGAGCUUGGCUGACAGAACCGUCACCAGCUUGAGCAUUCCCCGCCAAUAUCACAAGAGUCUUAUCGGUACCAGCGGUCGCUAUGUCAAGAAGCUCGAAGAUAAAUACAGUGUCCGCAUUCAAUUCCCCCGCAGUGACGCUUCUGCUGAUGCAUCUGAUGACAACAGCAGUGAAGUCUCAAGCGUAGCUGACAAGUCUUCUACCGAUGAAAUCACUUUGAGUGGUGGAAAGAAGGGCGUUGCAGCUGCCAAGGCUGAACUUUUGGAGCUCUAUGAAUAUGAGGUUGAGAACAACAAUGUUGCAGUCUUCACUUUUGACGCCAAGCACCUUCCCCACAUUGUCGGUCGUAACGGUGCCAAGGUCAAGGAGAUCAAGGAUGAAACCCAAGCUAGAAUUGAUUUCAACAAGCCUGUUGAUGGUGUUGUCACCACAUCUCUCCAAGGUACUAAGCAGAGCAUUGCAAAUGCCAAGAAGGCUAUCUUGGAAGCUAUAGAAGAGUUGGAUUCUCAGGUCACCGAGACCAUCAAGGUCAAUGCUGAACACCAUAAGCGCUUGAUUGGUGCCGGCGGUAGAAACAUCCGCAACAUUGUUGUUGAAGCUGGUGGCUCUGAAGACCGUGCUGCCAGCAUGGUCCGAUUCCCAAGACCUGAAGACUCUGUUCAGGACGAGAUUGUUUUGAAGGGUGACAAGGAGAUUGUCGCUAAAAUUCGUGCCAAGUUGGAGCAACUUGUUGCUGAUGAAGAAGCUCUUGUCACUGUCAAUGUUGAUAUUCCCCGAGAUGAGCAUGCCAAUCUGAUUGGCCGCGGAGGUUCCAACUUGAAGGCCUUGCAAAAGAAAUACAACGUUAGAAUCGACUUCCCCAAGGCUGGUAAUGCCUCUUCCAAGGAACCCGUCACUAUUGCUGGUUUACCUGAAGACUGCGAAAAGUGCAAGGCUGAUAUGCUGAGCAAGGUUCGUGCUACACAAGAGAUGCUUAUCCCACGGAAGCAUCACGCCGCCGUUACUGGAAGCAAUGGCGCUACUUACCGCAAGCUUCGCAACGAGUUCAACGUCGUUGUUGAUCACAAGGGCGAACCUGAGCCAAAAGCCAACAAGAAGACUGGUGCUUUGAACGGCUCUGCUGCUCGUAUUGAUACGACUGAAGGCAGCGACGACUUCAACUUGGAAAUAAUAGAGAACGAAGGCAGCAAUGAGGAAGGUGACAUCACCUGGGUCCUCAAGGGUGACCAAAAGAACAUCGAGAAGGCUCAAAAGUACAUCAAGAACCUCCUCAAGGAUGCUCACAACCAAACCCACACUGGAUACCUCACUGUUCCUCAAUCCAUGCAUCGCUACAUCGUUGGUAGACAAGGAGCCACUAUUUCCCGUAUCCGAGGCGAGUCUGAUACCAACAUUCUCGUUCCCAACAAGGACGGAGACGUCGUGGUGAUCACUGGUACCCGUGCAGGCAUCGCGAUGGCCAGAGAUUUAAUUUUGGAAGUGGUCGAUAAGCCAAAGAACCGAGAUUAG